AUGUUCCAAGAUCCCAGUAGUGUUACUAUUCCUUUUAGAAUUGGGAAUUUAGCUAUUGGGAAAGUGUUAAUUGACUUGGGAGUUAGCAUUAAUCUGAUGCCCUUAUCUAUGCUUGAGGAAAUUAAUGGCCUUAAAGUCAAACCCACACAAAUGACUUUACAACUCGCAAAUCCCUUAAUCAAAUGCCCUUAUGGAGUUGUGGAAGAUGUACUUGUACAAGUGGACAAGUUCACAUUCCUAGUGGAUUUUGUCAUACUUUAUAUGAAAGAAGAUAGUGAAGUUCCUCUCAUUCUUGGAAGACCAUUCAUGAAAACCACCAAAGUUAUCAAAGAUGUUAAUGGCGACAAGCUCACACUCAGAGACCAAGAGGAGGAAGUAAAGUUCAACAUGUUUGAAGCAACAUAUAAAUUAAAACUAAAGGAUACCUAG